AUGGCUGCCAUGGUUCUCACAAGCCUGUCCUGCAGUCCAGCGGUACAGAGUCCUCCUAAGAAAGAAACUGUGUCUGGGGACUGUGGCAUAGCUGUUGCUGGGGUGACGGAGUGUGGUGAGCUGUCUGACAGCGGCAGUAGUGGGUACUGGAGCUGGGACCUUGGAAACACAAGUCCCACCCCUUCACCUCCAAUGGCUGAGGACGGCCCUCAGACCACACCCAUCGACGAGGGACUGGACAUGGAGCUAGACCAUGUCCUGUUUGAUGAGCCCACUCCAAGGAAACGAAAGAACUCCAUGAAAGUGGCUUACAAAUGUCUCUGGCCAACCUGCGGAAAAAUUCUAACUUCUGUGGUCGGUAUCAAACGGCACAUUCGAACACAGCAUCUAGGACAAAGCAGUGACCUGGAGCGCUCCCGGAGAGAGGAGGAUUUUUAUUACACUGAGAUCCGUAGAGAACAGGAGGCAGCCCUUCCCUGCUCCCCUCAGCUUUCCUGCGCUUCUCCUCCCCGCCCCACCCAGCAGGGCCCCAUGGGGCCUGGGGUUUGCGUAUCAGAGCAGCCCACUUCAGGGGCCCAGCAGCCCAGUCCCCUCAGUCAGUCAGCCCCCAGUGCCUUCUGGCAGGUGCGCUCCGAACAUUCCUACCAGGCCAACCCUCCCGUCCGAGUAACUCUGUCUCCCGUGUCCCCCAGCACAUUCUCCUGGACACCCUCUCCUCCAGUCCUUCAGAGCCAACAGGUGGCAUCCUUUCGUAGCCGUUCGGUCAGCGUGGGGGAACAGUGGCUGCAGCAGCACAGUGUUCCUCCCAGGACGCACGCUGCCAGUAGCUCGCCACCUCGGGGACACAGUAGUUCCAGAAAGACCAGAGGAGAGGCAAAGAAGUGCCGCAAGGUUUAUGGGAUUGAGCAUCGGGACCAGUGGUGUACAGCCUGUCGCUGGAAGAAGGCCUGCCAACGGUUUCUUGACUAAAACCCUCCAGGGAAGAUGACAGAGACUCUGACUGAUCAAGGGGGCAUUAAGAUACUUGUGCAGCUCAGUACAACCGUUUUGUGCACAUUUGACUUCCCAGUCUGGACCUGCACCUUUUUAACUGUAUGCUUCCUGGGAACUCCAGAUGGGAUUCUAGUCAAGGCUGUUACUGCACCUCCCCCACACACUCUGCUCUUCCUCUGUAUCAUUGAUCUCUGUCUCAUCCUCUUUUUCUCCAAAAACAAGUCGGCCUAUUCUCGAACGAAGAGGACCCAGCUGCCUGUCAUUAAUCAGUCUUCCUCCAAACUGUUCCCAGGCACUAAUUUGUCUCAAUGGGGCAGUCAGUUUCCUAAGGUGUGGCAGUAUUACCAGUUUGACAGCCUGUCUACAGAUGUGUCGGAAGCAGACUUGUUUUCUCAUUCAGCCGUCAUCGCUGACUCCUCUCAUAUUUCUGCUAACCAGUCAGCUGCUGCAAAUUGGUGAAGCCCAAUUGAUACCGUCCAUAAAUAAAAGGCUGAUGUCAGUGUGCAUAGAUUUAAGGAGUGUGUGGUUUGUUAAUCUGAGCUGGGAGACACAAGAGGCUUUGUCUUUGAGACUUGACCUUCUGAUGUACUGACUGACUAAAGACACAAUAUGAAGUGGCACAGUAAAACAAGAUUCUGUACAUUUUCCUGAGACCUGUGAAAUAGAUUACACUGUGUCUCAAGAUGAUGAAAAAGAGGAGGAGCAUGCUCCCACAGUCAGUCAACAAGGCCAUCCUUCUCUCCAUUGAGAUCUCUUUGACAUUGCCGAAGUAUUGCAGAGUGAAAGCUCCCUCUUCUCCCUUACUUCAGAAUCCUCAGGACUGCAACUGUCUGGGAAUUUUUUUGGUAGACUUUUUACUACCUUUUUUGACAGUGAAUUUGUAAAGCUUAAUGUUGCCUGUGAAAAUAUAAAUGAGCUGUUUUGUACUAAUUUUAUGCUCUGCCAGACAAAACUAAUCAUGUUUUGCCAGUUUUUUUUAUUAAUACUUUGCAAUAAUAUAAGUACAUAUUACAGUAUUUCAAGUACGCUUCUUAAAGGUUUAUAUGUGAUCAAAGCUUUAACUUUUCUUUUUCUUCAGGAAAGCUUUUCUUUAAAUGUUUUCUUUUUUUUCUUAUAAGCCGAAGAACCUCUUUAGAAGCAUCCAACAUCAGCUUUAAAGAUUUUGUGAAGUGCUAAAUGUUUUUAUAAGAGCCCUAAUGUCCACUUCAGGGCCUUUGCAACAGCGUGUUAUCUCUCUGAAUGUCUUAGUGACCAUUUUUAAAUAUUUUUAUUUCAUGGGGUUAAGAAGGAGGUGCUGUGGCAGUCUUAAGAGAUGGGGACCCUACAUUUGUAGGCAGAGUAUUUUCUUUUUCUAAAGAAACUGUGCAAUAUGACUAACCUUGUGUACGUUAAUUUGUUUUGUUUUUUUUCUGCCAGGAACUUUUCAAAGCUAUAUCAAUGUAGUUGAUACAUCUGCCAGCGGUGUAGUUCUCCUCUGCAUGUGUAAGUUGCACACACUUUAAAAUCUGAGUCUGCCCCAGGCUAUAACCAGACAAGUACAUCUCUUUUGACUGCCUCAGUAUUCUGAUAGAUGUUCAUUGAUGAUUACUAAAACUCUAAUUCUUUGUUGUGCCAUCCAGUUAUCAACCCAGUCCCAUUUUUUUCUAUUUCAUAAUGUACAGUUUUUUGUGUACAUUAUCAUUGGAGCCAGCACCUGUUUCAGCCAAGUGGCCUGAAAAUGUGUGGCUUAUUGGUAUGGUAUUCAAUUUAACAUGUUAUUUCAGUCAUUAUUAAGGCUGCACCCAUUAUUCUCGAUUUUGAAGUAUUCAGUUAAGUGGUUAUACACUUUCUCAGUACUAGUGCAUGUAGAUAUUUGUUGAUUUGAAAGAACUUUUUGGGCUUACAGUACUUUCACCUUCUUUCCUUUUUCAUACUUUAUACCUGGAUUUCUAGGGUAAUCCCCCUUCAACAUAUUCCAAUUCACUUGCUGUUCUUAAAUAAUAGACUAUAGCUCAUAGUGAUAUCAAUAUACUUUUCUUUGGAGACUGAUGCCACCUUCCAGGCAUUUUUGAAGUAUUUACUUCCUAGGGUUCUUUUGACGAUCGAAUCAAGUAUUUGUACUGGGAAAGGUAAUACCCCAUGUUUACUACUAAAACUAACAUGUUAUGCAUUUAUUUCUGCUUUGCACCAAGUUUUUAUUGAUCUGCCUGCAUUUUAAGCUUUUCAUAAAAAUUAUUGGUGCUAGACACAAAACACUUAGGUGCUUUAACUUCCCCAUCGUUUCCUAUGGGGGUUUAGUAUAGGGUCCUAAGUUUUGAAAAAACCUUCUGUAUGCAAAAUGCUGUAGGUAAUGCAAGUGCUACACACACUGAAGCUCCAAUGAAGCUUCUGAGCAAUGCAUGUGCUGAAGAAGCGGAGAGAGAAGAAACAACAUUUUUUUCUCCUAAUGAAACCUCAGAGGUUUAUCAGUGCCUCAUUGUCAUUUUUGCUGAAACACUAAAGCAAUAAAUUACUGGGUUGAUAACCUCUGUGUUCUAAUGAACGUAUGCGGAUGGAAGAUUAAUUUGCUUGGCAGGCUUAGAUUCUGAAUUUGGAUCAGUGUUAAUGGCUUACAAUUGUUUGUAAUUAUCUUUACAACAUUUAUGAAACACUAUUAGUAAAAACUGUCUAAUGAAUCUUCAGUUCAAGCAGUUUCCAAAGGUUGCCAUGCAGUGUCCAUUUAAAAAAAAAACACAUUUGUGUAUGUGUGUAUAUAUCUGCUAUAUGCAGCUACAUUUUUUUACAUACAAGUUUUUUAAAAACUUUUUGUAUCUUUACCUGUAAAGUAAUUUGUCUCUGGUGGCUGAAAUAUGUUUUAUAUGAAAGACUUAAAAUGUCUUCCUUUUUUUGUCUGUACCUUCAGGUAUAGAAUCUAUACGCUAGUAUUUCAACCAGCUAUUGUUCACUUUAGUGCCGAAUAUGGCACUAAGGUUUCGACUAAGGCACUAAGUAAGGUUUCGAUGUUCGAUACCUCCCAACUCAUAUCCAUAAAAAGCUUGCUUGAGGUUUAGUAAAACAGCUUUUCCCUUUC